AGCUGGGAAGCUGGAAAGCUGGGGUGCGGGGGUGGGGGUCACGCACACAGGAGCACUGCUCCCCACAGAGCGCCGGCCUUGGCUUCUUCUCCCGAGGGAUGGGCCGUCACACAGGCUGCGGACCAUCUACAGGGUCCCCUGAGUCCUCCUCCGCCAUGGCCGAGCCUGCCCAAGUUCAGGGUCAGCUCCAGGCCACCGCCUCCCGCAUCCUCAGGUCUUUUUCUGAUUGAUUGAUUGAUUGAUUUAUAGAGAGACAGGGUCCCUAUGUAGUUAGUUCCAGCUGGCCUCAAACUGGCAGCGAUCCUCCUGCCUCAUCCUCCCGAGUGCUGAGAUUAUGGGCGUGCCCCACCUCCUGCCAGCGGGUCUUUUUCACACUCUGGCAACACCUUCGCGCUCUCCCUGGCCCAGCCCUAAUCUGAUUAACCCACUCCUGGUUUUGGAGUAGCCCGCGUGCAGCACGGAGAACUCUCAUUGGAUCACCUGUGUCCAAGCCCCGCCUAGAAUCCCCGGAUGUCUCAUAAAAGCCACCAGCCAUAGAGAGCUGGUGAAGGUGUGUCUAGGACACUAACCAGCCCAGGUUCGAGCAGCCUGCACUGCGACCCGACAAGGCCUGUGGAAGCAGAGACGUCCUCGGGGAGCAUUUAAGCUGCUGUUGCCCAGACCUCAAGCAUUCCCGGUCGUUGCUGGAGAGAACCGUUCUGGGAAAACCGAGUGGAAUCUUGCUAAGUCACUCAAUUGCCCGUGGAACUCAGAGUUGCAAUCCUCCUGCCUCAGCCUCCUAGACUGCUGGUAUCACCAAUGGCGUCCUCACUACACCCAGCUGACACCACCGAGCCACUCCAGGACCCCGUGUGGCUUAGAAGACCCAGCGGCAUGAAGACCGGCACGGGCACAGCCGAGGGAGUGGCCGAGGCCUCCAGGGGGUGCCUGGGCUGUCCUGACCCCUGGCCUGGCCGGGACUCUGUGUGGGGCCACUGCAUCUGCCAGCCAGUAACUGACUCCACCCCGUGUGGGGGAGCCAUGGGGCCUCCCCGUGCCCUCCACUCACACCUGGGGCCCACACCGCAUCCCUAUCCCAACCCUUGGGCUCACACGUGGGUGCCCUGGGGUGGUGGUAUCUGGACAUGGCAUCCAGAGCUGUCCGCCUCGGCGCCUGUAGAUUGGUGUAGGCCCAGCUGUAGCUUCAACGCCUGCACAGGCGGCCGGCAGCCAACUGCCCUGCAGCCCAGCAUACUUCCUCAUUACUGGGGACCCCCAUUCUCCCUAACCUCCACAGCUCUGGGCAGGGACACCAACUCCUGCUCCCCGGUGAGGGUCCAGGACCCAACCAGCUCAGCGCCCUGGGCUGCAGUGGGGGGCCCAACCCGAAGAGCUCCAAACUGCAGGUGGCACAGAAGCUCUCCCUUGGGCCGGGCCUCCAGUUUGAGGUCUCCGGGGCUCCUGCUGUCCUCCAGCUCUCAACUGUGCCCUUUGCUCUUGGCCCCUAUGAUAGAUCCUGAGCCUGAGCCCCAGCCCCCCAUCUUGGACCCUGAGUCCCAGCCCCCCAUCCUAGACCCUGAGCCCCAGCCCCCCAUCCUGGACCCUGAACCCUAG